CCCCCCUCUGCUUGGUGCGUGUUGGUGCCUGUCCAUCUCCUUUUUUUUUAUACCCUCCCUAUUCUUUUACAUUCCCUUAAUCUCAAUAUGUGGAACUCCCGCAAGGUGGGAAUCCUCGGUGGAGGCCAAUUGGGCCGUAUGCUGGUCGAAUCGGCCAACCGCCUCAACAUCCAGUGCAACGUUCUUGAUGCGGAGAACUCCCCGGCCAAGCAGAUUAGCUCCCACGAUGACCAUGUCACCGGCUCCUUCAAGGAGCGCGAAGCCGUCCGCGAAUUGGCCAAGUCCUGCGACGUCGUGACUGCUGAGAUUGAGCACGUCGAUACUUAUGCCCUGGAGGAGAUUGCCUCGCAGGUCCGCAUUGAGCCCAGUUGGCAGGCCAUCCGCACCAUCCAGAACAAGUACAACCAGAAGGAACACCUCCGCAAAUAUGGCAUCCCCAUGGCUGAGCACCGCGAGCUCGCCGAGAAUACCCCCGAGGCAUUGGCCAAGGUCGGCGAGGAACUUGGCUACCCCUUGAUGCUGAAGUCGAAGACCAUGGCCUACGAUGGACGUGGUAACUUCCACGUGCGCGGUGCACACGAUAUCCCCGAAGCCCUCGAGUUCCUCAAGGGUCGUCCUCUUUAUGCCGAGAAAUGGGCCUACUUCAAGAUGGAACUCGCCGUCAUGGUCGUGAAGACCAAGGACGAAGUCCUCUCCUACCCCACCGUUGAAACCGUUCAAGAAGACUCCAUCUGCAAGCUCGUCUACGCCCCCGCCCGCAACGUCUCCGACGCCAUCAACCGCAAAGCGCAAGAAUUGGCCCGGAAAGCCGUCUCCGCGUUCGAAGGCAAGGGUGUCUUCGGCGUGGAGAUGUUCCUCCUGGAAGACGACAGCCUUCUCCUGUGCGAGAUCGCCAGCCGUAUCCACAACUCGGGCCACUACACCAUCGAAGGCUGCCCCAUGUCUCAAUUCGAAGCCCACAUCCGCGCCAUCCUCGACCUCCCCAUCCCCCCUCAGAGUCUCCAAAUCCGCCAACCCUCCAUCAUGCUGAACAUCAUCGGCGGCUCCGCCCCGGACACCCACCUCAAGGCCGCCGAAGCGGCCCUCUCCAUUCCCAACGCCAGCAUCCACCUCUACAGCAAGGGCGCCGCCAAACCCGGCCGCAAGAUGGGUCACGUCACCGUCACCGCCCCGACCAUGCACGAAGCCGAAUCCCACAUCCAGCCUCUCAUCGACGUCGUCGACGACAUCCGCUCCCAGCGCAGCGACGUCCGCUCCAAGCCCCAGAAGUCCGGCGUCUCCAAGCCCGCCCCCUCCGUCGCCGUCAUCAUGGGCUCCGACAGUGACCUCAAGACCCUGGUCCCCGGUCUCAAGCUCCUGCGCGACUACUUCGGCGUUGAACCCGACGUGGAAAUCACCUCCGCUCAUCGCACCCCCACCUACAUGGCCGAGUACUCUGCCAAUGCCGCGGCCCGUGGCAUCAAGGUCAUCAUUGCUGCCGCUGGCGGUGCCGCUCACCUCCCCGGUAUGUCUGCCGCUCAUACCGCGCUGCCGGUGAUCGGUGUCCCGGUUAAGGGUAGCUCUUUGGACGGAGUCGAUAGUCUGUACAGCAUUGUGCAGAUGCCUAGGGGUGAGUCUUUCCCUUUCCCUUUCCUUUUCCUUUUCCUUCUCUUUCCCUUUAACACCUAUCCCUUCAAUUCCAUGUCCGUCACCUUUCACAUGUACUACUCCUGCAUGACAUGCAUAACAUCACAACAUGCACAUACAUUCUAUACUGCAUAUCACAUAUGUCGCAUGCAUCCAAGCUGACAACAUGUCCUCAUUUCUCAGGUGUCCCUGUCGCCACCGUCGGCAUCAACAACAGCAUCAAUGCUGCCCUCCUGGCCGCCCGUAUCCUCGGUGCUUUCGACCCGGCUAUCCAGCGCAAGGUUGAGGCGUAUGCGGA